CUCCCGCGCGCCUUGAUGACGUCAGCAGCCUGCCACGGUGAUUGGCCGCUGCGCGCGCAGCCUAGCUCCGCACCGCAGUCGUCGCAGGUGGAGAUGGAAGCGGAGAGGAGCAGCGGUGGAGGCGGCGCGGGUCCGCGGGCGGCGGGCUCCUGGCGGCGCCUCUGGGCACUCCUCCUUGCCGUGUCCUCCCUGCCGGCGGCCACGGCGCUGGUGGAGGGUCUGUACUGCGGCACCGAGGUGUGCUACGACGUCCUCGGCGUCACCCGGGAGGCCUCCAAAGCGGAGAUCGCCCGGGCUUACCGACAGCUGGCCCGCCGGUACCACCCGGACCGGUACAAGCCAGAGGAGCCCGGCGCGGAGGAGUCCUCUCACAAGAAGUUCCUGCUCAUCGCGACGGCCUACGAGACGCUAAAGGAUGAAGACUCCAGGCGGGACUACGAUUAUAUGCUGGACCAUCCUGAGGAGUACUACCAGCACUACUAUGCUUACUACCGCAGACGCCUCACCCCCAAGGUGGACGUCAGGGUUGUGAUUCUGGUCACAAUCUGUGCCAUCUCCAUCUUCCAGUAUUACAGCUGGCACAGCAGCUACAAUGAAGCCAUCAACUACUUGAUGACGGUCCCCAAGUACCGCAUCCAGGCCACAGAGAUCGCCAAGCAACAGGGCCUCCUCAACCGCACCAAAGAGAAAGGCAAGAACCGCCGCUCCAAAGAGGAGAUCCGAGAGCAGGAGGAGGAGGUGAUCCGUGACAUCAUCAAAAACAAAAUAGACAUCAAAGGAGGCUACCAGAAGCCCAACCUGACCGACAUCCUGCUGUGUCAGAUUGUCCUCUUCCCCUACUACCUGACCAGCUACAUGGUCUGGUACGUCUCCUGGGUUUACCGCUUCACCAUCUGCAGAGAGGAGUACGGAGACGAGGAGAAACUCUACAUCAUCAGGAGGUACAUGAAGAUGUCUCAGUCUCAGUUUGACAGUUUGGAGGAGAACAGCAAACAGACGUUCCUGGAGAAACAGCUGUGGAUCAAAGAGAAGUUCCAGGCGUACAAAAAAGAUCAAGAAGAGGAGAUGAAGGUGAAGAUGGCUACUGACCCGAGGAUGAAGCGGUACCGCCGCUGGAUGAAGAACGAGGGGCCCGGCCGGCUGACUUUCAUGGAGGACUGACGUUUGCUGAAUCUGUCCACGAUCUGCUUCAGCAUGAACCCUCACAGCUGCUCUGCAGAGAGGAGGAUCCUGUUUCUAUAGUGAGAUAUUUUCAUACAGACCAGACCUCAGAAUGGAGGUGAAUCAACUGAGGAUUUACAUUAUAAAUCAUCUUUUUUACUUCAUCAAAGUUCUGUUUAACUUCCUUUAUGACUCUGUACCCUGAACCUUCUGUUUUCUGCGGCUGAUAAAUGCAGGAGUUUUCAAGCCUUUGUUAUUCUUGAAUGUUCAUAAAGAGAGGGCUACCAGACCAGCCCCCCCACCAGCCUGAAGUGUCCUUGGAGGAGGCGGCGGUGGCGAGGUUCAAGAGAGACCAGCAGCUUGUGUCUGAAACUCAGCUUGAGCAACAGAAAUCCAUGUGAUUUGCAUUUCUUCUUGAGGUCUUUGUUGCGUAACGACCGUACCGCUGCUGAAGAGGUGGAGUCUUCUCUGCAACACGAGGAGGAACAGCUCCUCUCUGCUGGACGGUUCUUCUAUGUUUUAAAGUAAAACAGUAAUGGAGCGUUCCAGCAUGUUUGCUCCAACUCUCUUUUCUCCCGUUGGCCUCUGUCAGAGCGUCUCGUCUGAUGAAUGAAAGCCAGAGUCACAGCUGAUGUUCUCUGGAAGUUGCUCAACCUCAGGACUCUGUGUGCUUUAUGAAUGAGUUUGGGGGGGGACUCCUUACUGUUCACUGCUUUUUAAGGUCUUUGUUUUUCUUAUUUAUUGUUUCCUUCUUCUGUUUUGGGUUUACAGUCAUUAAAUGAUCAUGCAGCCUUCUGCAUUGUCACAGUCA